ACCUUUCCCGGCCAAUUUCCCGUCCACUCCACCCCACUGCUUCUGGGUUCCGGCUACAAUCCCGCCCUAACAGUGGCCCAAUCCACCCCCAAAGACCCUUUGCUCAUACACUUUCCCUGGUGAUUUUCAUCUCUCUCUCACUCUCUCUCUCUCUGACAUUUAAACCGUUUCUGUGCUCCAAUUAAUCAUCUUGUUCGUUUUAGCCGAAUUAGGUACAGCCUUUACUAGUUUAUUACAGUGGGUUGGUACUACAAUUUCAAAACAAAAGGAGCUUCUCGAAACCCAUUAAUGGUAGUCUACCAUGUUUCCAUGUCUCUCUCUCUCUCUCUCUCUCUCUCUGACAUUCCAACCGUUUCUGUGCUCCAAUUUAUGAUCCUUGUUCCUUUUACCUGAAAAAGGUUGAGCCUUUAUUAGUUAAUUAUAUUGGGUUGGUAUUACCAUUUAAGAAAAAAACGGAGCUUCUUGGAACCCAUUAAUGGUGGUCUACCAUUUAUUCUCCUGUGUUAGACAUUUCGUCCGUUUGAAUUGAGAUUGAGAGAAAAAUAUGGCAGUGGUUCUGUUUACUGUUCUCUUCUUCUUCUUAGUACCACUUCUGGUGAACUCCACAAGCCCAGCUUUGAACGACGACGUUUUGGGCCUGAUCGUCUUCAGAGCUGGCCUUACUGACCCACAGUCCAAACUCACCUCAUGGAACGAAGACGACAACACCCCCUGCAACUGGGUCGGUAUCAAAUGCGACCCGAAUACGAAUCGGGUCACGGAGCUUGUCCUAAACGGAUUCUCCCUUUCUGGCCAUAUUAGCAGAAGCCUCCUCCGUUUGCAGUUCUUGAAAAUCCUCUCCCUUUCGAGAAACAACUUCAACGGGACGAUCAAUCCCCUUUUGGCCCAGUUACGGAGCCUGCAUUUUAUUGACUUGAGCGACAACAGUCUAUCCGGGUCGAUCCCGGGUGAACUUUUUAGACAAUGUUGGUCGUUACGCGCAAUUUCACUUGCCCGUAACGACCUAUUUGGGAGUAUCCCUGAUUCUUUGAGUUCAUGCUCAACCCUUGAAGCAGUUGACUUUUCCUAUAAUCAGAUUUCUGGUUCAUUACCCUCUGAGGUUUGGUCUUUGACUAGACUAAGAUCACUUGAUUUGUCGUACAAUUUGUUAGAGGGUGAGAUUCCUAGUGGAAUUCACAAUUUGUUCCAUUUAAGAGAGGUUAAUCUAAGGAAUAACAUGAUCGUUGGGCGUAUUCCAGAGGAUAUUGGUGGUUGUUUGCUGUUAAAAUCACUUGAUUUAAGCCAGAAUUCUCUUUCUGGCGCCCUUCCGGAAUCCAUGAAAAAACUCAGUUUGUGCACUUCAUUGCGCCUAAGUGGGAAUCUGUUCACUGGUGAAGUUCAAAACUGGAUUGGAAACAUGAGAAGCCUUCAAAGUUUGGAUCUUGCUGCAAAUAACUUUUCAGGUCAAAUUCCAAACUCAAUAGGUGACUUGCAGUUUCUGAAAGAACUGAAUUUUUCUGUGAAUGGGUUCACUGGAAGCUUACCGGAGACGUUAACAAGUUGCGUUAACCUUUUGGUAUUGGAUGUUAGCAUGAAUUCGCUUACAGGAAGCCUUCCUCAAUGGAUUUUUAACAUGGGUUUACGGUCAGUUUCUCUCUCGGGGAACAAACUGACUGGAAGAAUGGAUUUUCCUACCCUGAUAUCAAAGCCAGCCGCCCAUCAAAGCCUUCGAAUAUUUGAUGUAUCAUCUAAUGCCUUAUCCGGUGAGAUUCCAUCAGUUAUAGGGAGCUUUAGGAACUUGCUGUUGUUGAAUAUGUCCUGGAACUAUUUAAAUGGUUCUAUUCCAGCAAGUAUAGGUGAAUUGAAAACCACAAAAGUUCUUGAUUUGAGUAGCAAUCGGAUACAUGGAAGCAUUCCUUCUGAAAUUGGUGGAGCAGUUUCACUCCAAGAACUAAGGAUGGAGACAAACUUCCUAACAGGGAGGAUUCCAAGUGAGAUCGAAAAUUGUUCAUCCCUGACCUCAUUGAUAUUGUCGAAGAACAAUCUUACCGGUCCAGUCCCUAUAGCCAUUGCAAAUCUUACGGAUCUCAUUACCAUUGAUUUGUCAUUCAACAACCUCUCGGGAACCCUACCCAAAGAGCUCACGAACCUCUCUCACCUUCUCAUCUUCAACAUAUCGCACAACCAUUUCCAAGGGGAGCUGCCGGUUGGUGGCUUCUUCAACACCAUCCCUCUCUCAUCCGUCUCCGGUAAUCCCUCCUUGUGUGGCUCCGCUGUGAAACAAUCCUGCCCAUCUGUCCAUCCCAAACCCAUUGUCCUCAACCCUAAUUCUUCAGCCAAUGGAAGUUCAUUUUCUUCGGAUCUUCAUCACAAACGAAUUGUACUCAGCAUCUCUGCCCUCAUUGCCAUCGGUGCAGCUGUUUUCAUUGGUCUUGGUGUGGUAGUUGUCACUGUCCUCAAUCUAUGUGUCCGGAAUACUAUGCCACCUUCUGCUGCUCCAUUCGCAUUGUCUCGUGACGGUGAUCUCAGUCAUUCCCCUACCACUGAUUCCAAUUCUGGAAAGCUUGUGAUGUUUUCUGGUGACUCUGGUGGCUUUGUUGCUGGUAAUAAUGCACUUCUCAACAAGGGAAAUGAGGUAGGGCGUGGUGGAUUUGGCACUGUUUACCAAACUGCCCUUCAAGAUGGACGCCCUGUGGCUGUCAAAAAGCUAAACAUUUCGAGCUUGAUAAAGUCCCAAGAAGUUUUCGAAAAGGAAGUCAAGAAACUCGGAGAGAUCAGACAUCGUAAUUUAAUAUCACUUGAAGGGUACUAUUGGACUCCAUCUUUGCAGCUUCUAAUCAACGAAUACGUCUGCAGCGGGAAUUUGUAUAAGCAUCUCCAUGAAGAGCAAUCCAUAAACUGCCUUACUUGGCAACAAAGGUUCAACAUUAUUCUUGGGACAGCAAAAGGCUUGGCACAUUUGCACCAAGCGAACACAAUUCACUACAAUAUGAAGUCGACCAAUGUUCUAAUAGAUGAGUCUGGUGAGCCCAAGGUAGGAGACUUUGGGUUGGCGAGGCUUCUGCCAACGCUAGAUCGUUACAUCUUAAGCAGCAAGAUUCAGAGUGCACUUGGAUACAUGGCUCCUGAAUUUGCGUGUCCAACAGUAAAGAUAACUGAGAAAUGCGAUGUCUAUGGGUUUGGGAUUUUGCUUCUAGAGGUGGUGACAGGGCAGAAACCAGUGGAAUAUAUGGAGGAUGAUGUUGUGGUGCUUUGUGAUACGGUGAGAGGAGCAUUGGAGGAAGGCAGGGUGGAGGAAUGUGUCGAUGGGAGACUUAAUGGUAAUUUUCCAGCAGAGGAAGCAAUGCCUGUUAUAAAACUCGGCUUAAUUUGUGCAUCUCAAGUGCCAUCGAAUCGUCCGGAUAUGGGAGAGGUGGUUAAAAUUUUGGAGUUGAUUCAGUGUCCUUCAGAAGGAGAAUGGGUUUAGAAUGAAUUUAGGCUGUAGAGAUAGAAAAAAAACGGAAAAUGUUUUUCCGGCGAAGAGGAAUCCAGUGUGCUUGUUUGAAUACAAGAAGAGAGAAUAUGUUGUUCAUGGUUCAUUCUAUUUUCAACUCUUGUUAUCCCAGAGUUCUGUUCUUGUAAUUUUUAUUUCUGUUACAGUUAUACUAUUAUUGGAUUCCUUUUCGUUUUA